CGAAUAGUGCCGCGCCUGUGCGCCCACGUUGAACGCUUUACUCUUUCUUUUUCGUAACGAGAAAGGUGAAAAGACGGAAAACGAGCCUCCCAAGGGGUGAAAUUUUACGCGAGAUGUGGUCAUCAUGUGACCUUACUUCGGAAGUGAAUUAUUAUUAGCAGAUAAAAGAUAAGACGGACCGUAUUAUCGGAAAGUGUGAAGUCAAAACUAGUCUAAAUCAACGGCUUAAGGUUUAAAUCCCUUCAGAAACAUGACGAUUCGUUUUCCGGAAGUAAUAAGAAGUGGAUCGGAGAUGGAAGACGGUUUGUCAGGACCUGCCAAUCCAAUACCUAGUCAAUCGAUCGAUUGCGGAUGCGGACAAAUGCAAUGUCCAAAAUUGGCAAAAUUUGCAACUCGAAAACUUUUUGUGGGAUUAAUUUGUUGGGUUGGUGUAGUGCAAGCUGCGUCGUACGCUUAUUUUCAAGUGACAGGCUCCACGAUAGCUAGAAGAUUUCAAAUCGAUCCUUACAUAAUGGAUUGGGUUCUUGUUGUGGCAGAAAUAACACCUACUAUUUUUGGAUUAAUAGUAGCAUAUUGGGGCGACAGAAUACAUAGAGCUUCAUGGAUAGGAGCUUUAACUCUUUUACAAAGCUUUUCAUAUUUUAUUCUGAUAAUACCUCACUUGACACAUCAGGUUCAUGUGAUCGAAGAAACGCCAAAUGUCACUCACAUGUCAUUAUAUGCGGAUGACAGUCCCGAAUUAUGUAAUCUCGGAAUAUUGAGCGUAAUCAAAGAAGAAGACGAGCCCUGUUAUUUUACUAUGAUUAUCUUUAUUAUAGUACUAAUCAUAAGUGGGAUGGCAAAUAUUGCGUACUUUGCGCUUGGGAUUUCUUAUUUGGACGAUAAUACAAAGAAAAAACAUGUAACUGCAUUUAUUGGUGUAAUUAUCGCUGUAAAAGUCGUUGGAAUUCUUCUUGGAUACUUCUUAGGUUGGGGAUGUCUUCGGAUAGACGCGAAUGAUUUCAGUGUUAUAAAAUCAUAUCAGGAUCAAAUUGGUGCCUGGUGGCUUGGAUUUCCAAUUCUCUCUAUAUUAUUGAUGGUCCCUGCCUUGUUGCUAUCAUGGUUCCCCAGAAGAUUGCCCUCAGAAGUUGUUGAACAAGCCGCAGCUUCACUUCUGGAUCGAACUGCGUUACGUAACCGAGCACCCAACACAAUGACCAAUCAAAAAGCCGGUAGUCCCGAUUUUUGUCCGUCAUUAUGGAGAUUAAUUACUAACAAGAUUUUAAUAUGCAACAUUCUAGCGACGGUAUUUGGUGCUACAGCGCUUUUAAAUUUUGUAACGCAUGAAGAUAUUUUCAUAGAGUCCAGAUUUCACAUACCUCGACCGACCGGAAUGCUUCGAGGAUUUAGCGAUCCUUUGUCAUCCAGACUAGUCACUAUUAUCGUGAGACCUAUUCUGAUUGGAUUGAUCAUAAUCAUCAGUGGCUUAGUAUUGGCCAAGGUAAAGCCUCGAGCGAGACAUAUUGUUGGUUACAGUUUCAUUAUCGUGCUUUUGACUGUAGCAAUUAUUAUCUCUCUAAUUUUUACCACUUGCGAAAAGCCAUCUAUCGUCGGUUUAGAAAAAGGCUAUAGCGGAUUGUUGAAAUACUGCAAUAAAAAUUGUCGCUGCUCGAAGGACUCCGAUUUCCGACCUGUUUGCGAAAGCUCGGGAAAGUUCGUAUACUAUAGUCCUUGUUAUGCCGGUUGCGAUGCAAUCAUUUACGUCGAUAACGUGAAGAUCUACAGCGGUUGCAGUUGCGUGGAGGAUAUGACAGGAUGGGGAAAUGAUCAAGCGAAAGAUGGCCCUUGCAAUUCGACUAAAUGCCAGGCUGGCUGGAUAUAUUUUCAGUUUGGAUCUUUGUUGGCAUACGCGUUAGUCGCUUCCACUUUUGUAGGAGAUUUAUUGAUCAACAUAAGAUCCGUCUACAAACAAGACAAAGCUAUUAGCAUAGGUUUUUGGAUGACGUGGAUUGCACUGUGUGUUUAUGUGCCUGGCAAAAUUCUUUAUGAAUAUGUCUCGCGUGAGGCGUGUCAAUAUUGGGGCAAUCAAAAAGAAAUUUGUCAUUUAUACGAUACCGAAAAGCUCGGAAAUUAUCUGUGUUAUUUGACAAUACUAUUCUUAUCAAUUUGUCUCUUGUUCAAAAUUAUGCUUUGGUUUUUCUGCAAGAAUUUACAACUAUACGAAGAAAGAAUUGAAAAUAAAGACCAAGAAAACGGCGCGCUACGAAGAUUGAUCGAACGAGCAACAACUGAAAGAGAGCAACCGGAAGCAUCGAACAACAAUAAUGAUAUAAGACACGUAGAAGCGAUUGUUGAGCCAGAAUCAAGGACACUACCGGAGGUAGCAAUAGCGGAAGAAAAUCCACUGAGGGAAGAAGAAAGUACUCAGAAAAGUGCACCUAUGAAAUACGGCCCGUUAGGCUCAGGCAAUCGUAGAACAGAUUCGACUCCUCCGACAAAACAUAAUUCGCAAUCGACAAUCCGAAAUCUUGACUCCGAAGAUGAGCUAGACAGUUCGAGUGACGAGAGUAAAAAACAAUCGAGUUCACAAGUUGCUUACACGCCGUUGGACAUCGAUUCUGAUGUCGAGAGUGAUCUCGGCAGCGUUGGGCCUAGGUCACGAAAACGUAUAUCAAGUAAAGAUUACGAUCAAACAACUCAGGACGAGAAGGAUCGACCUUCAUCCAGAAAUGCGUCCCUAAAACGUCGAUUUCCAAAUCCCGAUCAUUACGAGGAUCCACAAAGGGGCAGAAAUUCCAAAUUCAAAAAUCCGAAUAGUUAUCAGGACACCUCCUUGAAUACAAGUAGCUCCAAGUUCGCGAGGAAGGGUCAAGAGAGCGACGUGCCCAAAGGCGACUUCAAUGAAGUUGGCAUACCGAUAGUGGAUCCGUUUCCGGACGGGAAGGGCAACUCGGGCAGUACCAACACGGCCCACUUGAAGGACGUGAAGUCGUUGAUCGAUCGAUACGAGCAGAAUGCGAGUCAGGAAACUUUAGACGAAGAUCGGUUAUCGGUGAAGUCAAUAGAGGAUACGAGAACUCGACCGGAGAACAAGAUGGGUAUACCUUUGGUAGCUAUGGUUCCUGGUAGGUCAUCCUCUCGAGGACAAUCCUCUUCAGGUUUUAGCAGCUUGCCAGAUAUACAAGACAAGAAUCUUGAUACACGCUUGGAAAGACUUGGGACUCCCAGUCCAAAAAAUGUCGCUAAAGGUAACAAAGUAACGCGUCAAACCGAUCUUUAAAAUCAUGAUCGCUCUUACGACACGCCUAAACGAUGCGUAGUUUUAUGGAGGAACGAGUAAACAUUAAUAGAACAGAAGCGUUAUCACGAUAAAUUUAUAUCACCGAGUGAUAAGAGACUGUAGCAAAUUUUAACUAUAAAAGUAUAUCUAUAAAAGUACUAUCUCUGACACCUGUCGCGUUGAAGAUAUAAAAUACCAAACUCCCGAUUUAACUUCUCCCGAUUUAACUCUUCUUUGAUAGAAGAACAAUAAAAUUUAAUGAACAUGAUUUUUUUUUCAUUAUGCAUUGUAAUUUUGAGUUUCUCCAAUUAUCAUGCAAAAUUGAUACUCUGAUAAUAGAUAUUUUAUUAGAUCCGUGAAUUCUCUAAAUAUUUCUAAUAAAGGAUAAUCGGCUAAUAAAAUGUUUAUUAUAUUUAAUGGCAUAUUUUCAUGUUUAUAGUUAUCCUUUGUAAAAUGUGUAUAAUCAUGAUAUCCAUUAUAAUCUUUUUCAUAUUUAUUGUACAAUUAAAAUCCUAUCAUAUAUCC